AUGGCCGGCGGGGGCUUCGCGGGCUUCUUCGAGAGAUGGAAGUCCGACUGGAUCGACCCCGCUCUGGACUACAUCGAGGGCGGCCCGCGGAUGGGGAGGAGCGACUCUCACUUGAACGACGUGAGCAUCGAGUACUCGGGCGAAGACGUGAUGGCCGCCACCAAGAACUUUGACCCCUCGACCAUGCUGGGGUCUGGCACGUUCGGAUGCGUCUACAAGGGCACCAUGGUGGACGGCACCGAGGUGGCGAUCAAGGUGCUCCAGGUGCCGGAGGAGGCGGGCUUCGAGGAGGAGGUCAAGGUGCUCUCGCGAUUUCGGCACCCGAACCUCGUGAUCUUGAUGGGCUUUGCCCGGCACUGGGAGACCGGAGGCAGGAGCCUGAUCUACGAGUACCUCUCUGGUGGCGACGUGAGCCGGCGUCUCCAGCGGAGCCGGCAGCUGUCCGAGCAGUUCCUGUGGAGAGCCCGCCUGUCCGCGGCGCUCGACGCUGCCUGUGGGCUGUCGCACCUGCACAACAUGACUCCGCGGGCUUUCCACAGGGACAUCAAGGGCCCGAACAUUUUGUUGGACAAGAACGGGGGGGCCAAGAUGGCCGACUUCGGGCUCUCUUGCGUCUCUGCGGGGGCACAGCACAAGGUGCAGCAGGCAUCGGGUACAAUCGGCUACGCCUGCCCCGAGUACAUCCGCUCUGGCAUUAUCACCGAGGGUAGCGAGGUGCACAGCUUUGGUAUGGUGCUGCUGGAGCUCCUCACUGGCGCCCCGCCUGCGGUGCAGCGGCCAGACAGGCCCAACGAGUUCUGCUACCUCGUGGACCACCUGCAGGGCAGGGUUGCCAAGGUGAUCCAGAUGCUUGACCCCUCGAGCCAGUUCCCUCUUUCGCUGGCUCAGUCGGUCACCGAGACAGCCUUCAGGUGCAUCCGAUCAAGGCCAGAGGAGCGCCCGCUCUUCAAGCAGCUGGUGGAGGAGCUCCGCCAGCUACUGCACGCUGCCGACAUGUACGCCAGCGCCUCGCCCAGCGCCUUGGGCGUGGCGUCGGCAACGCAGCCCGCGCCCGGGCCGCCGAAGCCGAGCGCGGCCCCGGCGCAGCCCGCGCCGCAGGCUGGCGUGAUGAGGCUCAUGGCCGGGUCCCCCGUGGAGUGCCGGUGGCGGGGCGGCACGGGCUGGUUCCCGGGCCGCGUGGAGCAGGUGCACCAGGAGACGGCACCCUCGCCGUGA